AUGUCUCCAACGGUGGGGUUCAACGAUGUUUUCUUUGGUUCUUGGAGCCUCGAGAAAACUGAUAACUACAUGUCUCAUUGGGUACCAACCUCAUACAAAGUAGCUGUUGCCUACUUGUUGGCAAUUUAUCUCGGUCAAAAAGUGAUGCGAAAUAGGAAACCGCUUGAACUUGACACACCAUUAGCAUUGUGGAAUUUUAUGUUUUCGCUAUUCUCUGGAGUAGCUGCUUAUAAAUUGAUUCCUGAGUUAUUACAUGUAUUCAGUAAGGAUGGAUUCGUAGGUGAGUGA